AUGAUCCGGCAAAGAAUAUCUCUUUACGAUGCAUUCGAAAUUCUAGGUGUGUGGGAAGUUGCAUUCGAUUCCGAUCACCGCCAACUUCUCAGCUUAAUGCUACGGUGCCAGCAAAGGAGUCGCGGAGCCCAACAUCAACCAAAGCUCGACCAAGCAUAUCUGAGAGUUGACGAGUGCAAUAAGAAUCGUGAGUACGGAUGGACGCCAAGAGCGAAGGAGUUUGAAAGGACGUGGGAGGACAAGAACCCAAAGGAACCCUAUGCUCUACCAAGAUAG